CUAUUCAAGCUCAAUAAACUCGGCCUUUUAAAGAAAGUUAUUGAUGGAAAAGCACCGGAAUACUUAAUUGCAACCUUGGACUCACUCCGGUUUGAACACAAGUACUCUACCAGUACAAAAACAUCAUACCAUUUACCCAAACCCAGAACUGAAGCAAUGAGGAGAACAUUCUUUUAUUCCACUAUUAAAGAACUAAAUGCUCUUAACUUAGUACCAACCACCUCCUUUAGCUUAAUGAAGACAACACUGACUAAUAAUGCCGCCUCAAACUAUACAGUGGACAAUUUUAAAGUUAAAAAGCUAUUCUGA